UCCAACCUGAGAGGAUUUUCUCACACACCAGCACACAAGUGAUCCUGUAAACUGAGACCGACACACGCAGAAGAACACAGACUCAGCCUCGAAGCUCCGUUCAGUCAUGGAUUCCAGACUGCACACCGGCACAUAGAGGGACAGCCAGCAACUUUACGGAGACUACCCCACAAACUGUCAGAAGAGUUGGAGAUAUUUUUGUGAAUAGUGGAUGAAUUGGUUCUACUGCUAUACGAGAGAGAUUUCAACAGAACAGUCUUCCAUCCAGUCAGCAGAUUGGUUUUAUUUGCUGUGUCAUGGAAGUCUUGCUCGCAGGGAGGAGGCUAAACUCUACCACUGACAGAAUACAGUAAAGAGUAGUCUUUCUGUGAUAUAACAACGGUCCACCAUAUAUGAUUUGUGUCAUUACACUGGAUUGCAGGGUAGUUUAGUUACAAACAGAGGCCUUCAGGAGAAGGUAAGAGAAGCGGGGGAGCUUUACCAACACAAAGGCCUUUUGUUCACAGCUCUAAUAGUGGAAAGGAGGAGCUCGGAUAACUGGAUGCGAGGAGAUUCACUUUCUAUGACAUUUUAAUAGACACUGGAUUUGCCGCCUUUUCUGGUUUGCCUCUGUUCGCUCUGAGCUGGACUAAUACUGUGAGUAAAAAUGGACAGUUCAAGUAAUAACUCAGAUGAACAGUGGAGGCAGCCCCAGAGUUCCAUCCUGAAUGUCUUCAGCAAUAUCUUCUCGCGUGAUCGGGGCACCCUCUCAGAUGAGAAUCCAGCUGUGUUGACAUCUUUCAAGGAGCUGUCCGAUGGGGAGACUCAUGUGUAUGAAAGUAGUCAAAUCAAGAGUGAGGAAACCUUUCAUGGAAAGCUUCAGGAUGGUAUGACUGCUACCUGUGAUUCAGCGGAAAAAGUUGAAUCAGCCGUAAAGAAUUCUGGUGAAAAAGUUAUGGUAGAUUUCGGAGCUGCAGUUGAGCCCGAUCUGGUACAUGUCACGAUGGUGGAUACAUACAGCGACACGGAAGUCGAGGAUGACGAGGAGGCCGGUGGUUCGUCUGAGAAGGCCGAAAGCUCCAGAAGUUCCGCUCCAUCUUCUGUGGACAACAAUGCAGUGGAACUGGGGAAUAGAGAUGAGCCUAAAGUGCCUGUCUUUAGAACACACAAAUUUCAGGAAAAAUCACGCGUAGAGUCCAUUGUAAAUUUUAGUAGAUUUGUCAGUAGAAGUAAGCCAGCUCUGGUCUCUUCAGUGUCCAAAGAGGAACAUCUUGAUGACUCAAAGGAAAGUAAUCCCACAGUGUGUGUGGUUACAGAAACCUCACUUGCUGAGAAAAGUGAUGGGCUGGACAUGGCAGCAGAUGAGAAUGAAGAGUACACUGGCAUAGAUUGUUCUCAGCCAUUACCCUCAGUCAUCUCUGGGCAGUCUCCUAAAAGUGACCUGGUUUCUCCAUUAAAACAGACUCUUAAUGAGGCAAGAUAUGAGCAAAGAGCUGGGAACGGGUCCGAGGAUCCUAACUCCAUCCAGUUGCCAUCCCCUUCUUCUUCGAGCCAAAGGACUUCUGAAAUGUCAAACCAGUCAUCAUCUCAUUCAGAGAAACAAACUCAUGAGACACUCGCACCUCUGUUGUCUGCACCUGAAGAGUCCACAAGUGACCGGAAAGCAUCUUCUAGCCCAGCUGCACAGUGCACAAUGGCUCCAAACACACCAGAUACAAGUGCAGCAUCACCGGUUUUGUCUGCUGCCUCAUCCUCCAACACAUCUCCAUCAAAGGGCAUAACACCAGUUUCUUCACCUCCAUCCUUCCAGAUGCCGGCUCUGUUCAGUGGUUUGCGGGUGCUGAAGAAAGGGGUGGUGGGGGAAGACAGGGAGCUGGUUUCAGAAAUCAAGCAGCGGGAGAAGGAUGCCGAUCUGGCCCUGCUCAGCCUUAAGAGGACGGUAAACAAAGCCAGACUCUUACCUGAGCAGGAGACAACCCCUCCUAUCAAAAAGCACACUGAGCUCAAAUCAGCCUCAGAUUCGAAAAGAACUGCUGGGGGACUGCUCAGAGAGCUCAAACAAGACAGCUGUGAUGACAACAAAAGGUCAACGGAUCAGGAGGGUGACACUGUUCAUGGCGAAAGGGAACCUGAGAAUGGAGAAAUGGUUGGGGGAGAAAAAGCUUCCCUCUCUGAAACUCCCACAUGCCCUCCUGAGAGAAGGAAAACAUCUGAUGUAGCCUAUGAAACGUUCAGAAACAUUUUUGGCCCCAAGAGUGUAAAAAAGGAGAAGACAGAAGAUGUUGACAUAGAGGCAGUGAAGAAGAAAAUCAAGACAGACAAGGAAUGCCUGCGGUCCAUUUUUGAGAGAACCUCCAAAUCUCCAAGCAAGGACUUGACAAGUCCCACAGAGGCUAGUACGGAGGUCACUUCUCCCACAGACAGUGAGGACCGGACUCCAGGACGUCUUCAGGCUGUGUGGCCACCACCCAAACCCAAGGAUAAGGAGGAGAAGGUGGGGCUCAAGUACACCGAAGCAGAGCACCAGGCUGCCCUUUUGCAGUUAAAAAGAGAGUGUAAAGAAGAUCUGGAGAGGAUGCACUCUGACUUUGAGCUUAAAAUCUUCCAACUGAGAGGGGAGCAUGCUGUGUCGUUAUCAAACCUGGAGGGAUUAAUUGCUAAACUGCAAAAGGACAGGCUCUACAUGACGGGUCAGGAGCACAGGGAGCUCUGUGAUGCCGCCGUGUCCACCGCUGAUGAGCUGGCUCCCAAGACCUGCCGGACCGUGGGGAUCCAGACGGACAGGGAGACGUUCAUCAAAACCCCUGAGGCGGAUGGAAGCGGCCUCGCUCUGAGCCCCAGCCAGAAUCCUCUCAGGGCCACCACCACCACCACCCCCCCCCCCCCCUUUGCCAGGCCCUACGGUAUUGCCUCCACCACCCCCCCCUCCUCCUUUGCCAGGUCAUCACGGAAUGCCCCCACCACCACCACCACCACCUCCUCCACCAGGAUGCGGCCCACCACCACCACCACCUCCUCCACCAGGAUGGGGCCCACCACCUCCACCUCCUCCUCCUGGCCUACCAGGAAGUGUCAUAAUGUAGAAGCGGCUCUGCGGAAACCUGCCAUUGAGCCAGCCUGUCCCAUGAAGCCCCUGUACUGGACCAGGAUACAGAUACAGGACAACAACAACAACACACUAUGGGGUUCUCUGAAGGAACCUGACAUCGUCAACACCAAUGAGUUUGAGGAUCUUUUCUCCAAGGCCACACUACAGCAGAAGAAGAAGCCCUUGUCUGACACUUACGAGAAGAAAGCCAAAACAAAGAAGAUUAUCAAGCUGCUGGAUGGCAAGCGUUCACAGGCGGUCGGCAUUCUCAUUUCAAGCCUGCAUCUGGAGAUGAAGGACAUUCAGCAAGCUGUUCUGACUGUGGACCAUUCUGUGGUGGAUCUGGAGACCAUUGAGGCUUUAUAUGAAAAUAGGGCCACCAGUGACGAGAUGGACAGGAUAAGAAAACAUUAUCAAACUUCAAAAGAAGAUGAAGUCAAGCUGCUGGACAAACCUGAACAGUUUCUCUAUGAGCUCUCCCAGAUUCCUGACUUUGAAGGCCGAGCACACUGCAUCAUCUUCCAGUCAGUAUUCCUCGACACCAUCUCGUCUAUACGUCGCAAGGUGGACAUUGUUUCCAAUGUCUCCAAAGAUCUGCUUGAGUGUGAUAGCUUGCGGGAUGUGAUGGGCCUUGUUUUGGCCUUUGGGAACUAUAUGAAUGGAGGGAACAGGACAAGAGGUCAGGCUGAUGGCUUCGGGCUGGAGAUUCUUCCUAAGCUAAAGGAUGUCAAAAGCAGGGACAAUCGCAUCAACCUCAUCGACUAUGUGGUUUCAUACUACCUGCGGAAUUUUGACAAGCAUGCUGGUACAGAAAAGAGUGUGUUCCCUUUGCCAGAGUCUCAAGACUUCUUCCAGGCCGGUCAAGUCAAGUUUGACGACCUCACCAAAGACAUGAGAAAACUGAAGAGAGAUCUAACUGCUUGUGAGAAGGAUGUGCAGAAAGUGUGUGGUAACUCAUCAGAAGAGCACCUGCAGCCUUUUAAGGAGAAGAUGGAAACAUUCAUAUCUGCUGCUCAAAAGGAGCAUUCUGCCGAAGAAGAGCGCCUUAAUGCAGCUCAGAAGAGUUUCCAGGAUGUGGUGAGCUACUUUGGUGUAAAGCCAAAGUCCGGGGAUAAAGAAGUGACUCCAAGUUACGUCUUCAUGCUCUGGUACGAGUUCUGCAACGACUUCAAGAACACCUGGAUACGGCAAAGCAAGAACAUCUCCAAGGAGAGGUUAAAGGAAGCUCAAGAAAACAUCAAGAAGAUCACAGCAGAGAAGCGAGUCGAAACCAAGAAGAUCAAUGCCAACAGUUUGAAAGAGAGACUGCGUCAGAAGGAAGCCAGCGUGUCUUCCAGCUGAGUCCAAGGAUGAAUUGAUGAAUGUGAAAAUGGAGGAAAAAUGUAAAAGCAGGCCGACCCCGUCCCUGCUGCGUUCAGCACCUGCCUCACGAUACUGAAAUAAAACCUCACUGGACUUACUGCCGUAAUUCUGCCCACCCAACAACACCGACCCCCCCCCUUCCCAAUUCCCAAACUAUGCGCUACACUCCGCUCCUCCUCCACGUUAAGCGUUAAUCCCCGCAGCGAGGACGCACACGGCCAAAGGUUGGCCUGGUUCAGCCAGCGGAGCGCGACCUGGGUGUCCAGCCUGUUAAAGGUCUUCAGGGUUCAGCGGAGCCCUCAGCCGCGUUCCUGUUGGACGGUAGGAAGUGAAGAACAGUUUCUUUUCCCAUGUUUAUCAGAAAGCCCACAGACCGUAUCGAAAAGUAUCCCAAAUGUUCAAAAUCUUCAGCCCCCGGUGCGCUCGCAGGAACAGUUACGGGCUCCUUGUAAUGUCUGCCGACAGGAAAAUCACUGUUGACAAAACAUCCCUCUCACUCUUAAAGCCGGAAGUUAGCAGUUCCCAGAGAGCUCUGCCCCAGCUUUUCAUUCAGUAUGUCAUUAGGAGUCUUGUAAAUAUAUCAUGUUAAAUGAUCGUCAGGGACUUGGCAGUUUCAUGGAAAAUGAUGAAUGGCCUCCACUCCACUUCAAGUGCAGAUGAAGACAUGUUGAAUUUGAAUUGUUGUGCGUAAGUUGUGUGCCAGUACGUGGACGCUGUGCUUUGUUGUGUGCUGCUCUGCACCAGACUGACCUCUCCUGGGUGACGGCCAGAGGAGAGCAGAAGCUGGCAGCGGGUCUGACGCGGACCCCCGGGCCCCCUCACACACACAAACGUGCACUAGAAAUCACCAGAAGAACGCAACGGCUCCACGCACUCAUAAACAGUUUUUUAAAAAAGGAAGAAAGAAAAGACGUGCUGUUAUGGUGUAUGGUCCAGCACAGUGUUGAGCACUUUCCCGCUUGCGUUAGUUAUACGUCGCUGCACGUUGUAAACCACAAUCCCAGUUACUACUAACCGCGUGCAUUUUUUAAAGAUUGUCUUGCAUUUUUGCACCUCUUUUCCUAUGCAAAACUGUGGGUUAUAUUUACUAGAGGAUGUAUAAAUUGUAAUGCUUUAUGAUAAUAUGCUCUUAGAUUUUUAUUUUUAAGACGUGUGCAUUAUUAAAGUUGAACUUUAUGUACAAACAUGCGAUGUAACCAUGUUCCCGUGUCCCUGAAAAAAAAUCAGUUUGUGUGUAUAGAAAUUUAUUUUAUGCCAAAAACAUCAGCUUUGUUCAUUUUUGAUGUUCUCGGUUGCACGUGAAUUGACUUAGAAGAUGCUUGAUAGUUAAUUCAUGUAUGCUCACAUGGAUGUUAUUUGUAUGUCGUGCACAUCUGCAGAGAAACUGAAGAGAAAUGCCUUGUUUUGCUUAGUUUUAAGAAAUAAUAGGAGUAAAAAUUUCCACCUCAAGCCAUGUUAGCUGUAAUACCUCAAACAGACGAGACUAUCCAUAAACCUGCACCUUGAUUUAUUUUUUUAAUCUCAAAAGUAUUUCGUGGAUGCUGUUUAUUUUGUAUGAAGGUCUAAAACUUUAACCAGAUAUAUUUUCCUUUUUAAGGGUUGAAUAACAAAAAAGUGGGUUGAUGUUGAAGGAGGACUUAAAGCUUUUCUGGUGUGUGUAGCGCUCACAUAGGUGCUGCGGGAUUUUAUGGAAUUGUUUUAAAUUUCAAGAAUAAAUAACUGGAUGCCUAAUAAACCACUUGGACGAGGACUCGCACUUUGGAAGAUGUGUUGAACCACUUCCUCUAAUUUUUUUCUGCUGUCAACAUGAAACAACAGGCCCGUAAAUCUGAUCUUUAUUUAAGAAACCUGAGUCAUCAAAGGGGUUUGAUCAGUUGUAAAGCAUCUGGCCAGCUCAGUACAACUGAGUCAUACAGCCCGGCCUAGUUUCUGGACAUUUAAAACUUUUGGGGAAAAUCUGCUGAAAUAAAGUCAAUAGUUUCAACAGGAAGAAUGUGUCAUGUGAUUAUUUUUUUCAAAUAUACUAAAUAUGGUUGUGAAA